GCAACUGUGGCUAAUUAUAACAGGAUUGUAAAUAGACAGACAGGUGCUUUUGCAUUGCAACGAUCGUGAACUUGGACCGUCUACCUACACGUUGGUAACAGGAGAAAGUGUACCGAUACGGCUUUAUAGACUUCUGAUUACUUAUAUUUAUUACAUAUUCGAUGCUAUAACAACGAUAUGGCUCCACACAAGAUCUUCUUUAUUGUUCUUCUCCAUCUAAUUAUCAAUUUAUUAGUGGACAACAUUGUGAAGGGUAUUGAUGUCAAACCACAGAAGGAAAUAUAUUUACCAAACUACAAUUUUUAUCACAACAUUUCAUCUCUAGAAAAUAAAAUCAAUGAAAUUGUUCAAAGGAAUACAAAUUACAUGAGAAUAGAUACCAAUUAUCGUUCUCGACUUGGCCGAUCCCAGCUGGUCAUCCACAUCACAAAUUUUACUGGGAGUACAUCAACUCAGCUGUUUAAAAACACCAUGACACCAAAAUUAAAGGUCCUCCUUUCAUUUGGGGAACAUGCUAGAGAGUUCCUUCCCGUUGAAUCCAUGCUGUUUUUCCUCAGUAAUCUAACAGCAGGGCUGUCGUCAGUGCCUGGCAGCUAUGCUGAACAGUUCACAAGGUCAAUACUGUCAAAGGUCGAUCUGUUCAUCAUUGGCAUGGCGAAUCCUGAUGGCCGCACCCUGCUGGAACAGAAAAGUAACUACUGCUGGCGUGGAACUAGCACCGGGGUCGACCUUGACCGCAACUUUGACUGGGAGUUUGGUGGCAAGGGCAGUUCAUCUGAUCCGUAUGAUGAGGAAUAUAGGGGUGAACAACCUUUCUCAGAACCAGAGGGGAAAGUGUUUCGGGAGCUGACGCUGAAAUACACAUUCGAUGCUUUUGUCUCCUUUCACUCUGGGAUCAAUCAGAUUUAUCUUCCAUAUGCAGACACAAAAUCAAAGUUGGAAAAGCGUCGCCCUUACAAUGUGGAAGAUAUGCUGGAUUUAGCUUCUGAAUUGUCGCAUGCAACUAAACGUGGAUACACUUAUGGUCAUUCUUAUGCGCUUAACCACUACACAGCUGACGGGACAAUCUUCGACUUCAUGUCUGGAUCAAGAAUGAUUCCUUUUUCCUUUGCCAUUGAGUUGUGGCCGUGGAAACAACCACCUAGAGGGAAAAGUUGUUUUAACUUGUUCAAUCCUAGAAGUGAACAGUUAGAGACUAUAGUGCAGGAAAUGCACCCACUAUAUGUAAAGUUUUUUCAAUAUUUAAUUGACUGGAAACUCAGUCAAGGAAUAGUGAAGAUGAAAUCAGCUGUCUUGGAGGAAGCACCGUCACUGACGUUUGGUUACGUUCUCCUUGGCGUCGUCAUUCUCCUCACUGCAAUCAUGGCCUUCCAUGGCAGAGUCCCAUUCUGUCAGCGCUUCCAACCACGACGAAGAAUUGUUAGUCUUAAAUCUUUAAGUUCUACAUUUUCAAUGUCUUUCAUGAAAUCCUGAUAUUAGUUUAAAUUGCUUAAUAUUUCUACAAACUGAAAAAAAUGACCAUGUUCAAAUUAUUUCAUAUAUCUACAAAGGUUGUGUAUGCUUAUUUGAUAUUUCGACAGUUGUUUGAUUUUGAAUGUGUUUUACUGAAACAAUUCCUGGAUGUCAAACUUGAUUUGGUUUGAAAAUAUAUAAUGAUUAUUUUUAUUUCACAAAUUAUUAUAGAAAGAUUUUUUUAUAAAGGCCAAGUUUUUAGAUGAGUAUAAUUAGAAUAGAAUCUCAUAUAUUUUUAAGUUAUAAUUGAUGUGCCACACAUUUGAAAACACAUUUACUUCACAUAUCAUAUCACGAGUUCUUUUCAUGGAGGCAUUAACUUUAGAGAUUUGGCAGACUGACAUCUAGAUUGCAAAAAUUUCAAUGAUACUGAAAAGAUUUACUUGUACAACAAAACAAUUUCAAAUCAUACAAGUUUUAUUUAUAUGAAGUCAACAGAUGAUGAAUGGAAGCCGAAAUAUGGUUGGCCUAGACCCAUGUAAUCACAUCUCAAUUUAAGACAAAACUUGUUUUUAUUUUUAAAAUUUCUACAAUAUACCUGAUAAAUCCAGUAUUUUCUUUUCUACAACAUGAUUUAAUUUUGUCCUAAACAUUUUUUUUCCAAUGACUAUUCUUUGAAAACAAUUUAAUUAUUAGUUAAUAUGUAAAAUACUUACAAUAGAGGUAAAUCAGUUCAUUGUAUAGCAUAUAUGUGAUACAUACUAAAAAAAAGUGCUUCCAUUUUUGCUAGAUCAAUCCAAAUAGCAGAUUUAAAUUUAAAUCUGUUAAGUUCCACUUGCAUUCAAAUAUGCAAUUUGGAUUAAGCGUAUUAUGAGGUUACGUGAAGAGUGGUUGUGUGGUGUUAGUUUGGUGUACAAGGUCGUUUUUGUAAAGAUGUAUUCACCUCAGAAUUCAGAACCAAAGUAAUGAAGGAUGUGUUUUGUUUUUCAACUUUUAAUAUUGUCAAUCGAAUAUCCUAGCAACUUUUUACACUCUCUUUGCCUAGUUUACUCAACGUAGUUGCUUGCUAAGCCUAAUGUUUCUUACAUUUUCUUUGGGUUGGUAAGAUAGAGGUUCAUAUAGCACAUGUUCCUACUCAAGGAUCCUGUGCAUAAAAAAUCGUGGUUUUUGUGGUUGCUAUUGAACCACAAAAAUAAAUACAACGAAUUUGAAUGAUACACAUGUCUACUGUUUGUAAAUAUAGUAUAUCCACGAAAGUUUUACCACAAAAUGAUCUAAACCGCUUCGAACCACGAGGGAAAGUAUCCACGAACAUUUCGUGUUAUACACUAUAUGAAUGUGUGUACAGUUGCUGUUCAUCUCUAAAAACGUCAAGUAACCAUGAUUUUAUUUUUUAUUUUCUCUCAAUAUCUUGUUUUUAAUACAUUCUGAAAAACUUUCUUUAUCUACAUUUUCUCAAAACAUUUAGUUUAAAUAUUAAUUUCCUUAAUGUAUUAUAUCUUUUAUACACAUAUUUCUACAUGUCAUUGCUAUUGGGUUUUCCAAACGCAAUAUUGUUUAGAUUAUUUUUUUCUGGAUUGAUACUGUAAGUGACAUGUGUAAUGAGGUGACAAUUGUAGAAAUUAGUUGUAUUUUGUUUACAAUAUAAAAAACUGAAAAUAAAAAUUCAACGAAAUGUUCAACGAGUGUAUGUGAGAGGGAAUGUAAAAAUUAUCAGAACUAUUUAUGUUGUGCACAAUAAUUGUACAUAAGUUUUAUAAACACAUUAAUACUUUUUAGUAUGCCUUUCCAUGAUUUAUCCAUGUCAAAGAGAAUACUAAGACCCCCUAACAACUAAUUUUGGUAUCUGGUUUUGCUUUGUUUUUGUCAUUCAUUAUAAAUUGCCAAAACUUAUGUUCUUUGAAAGUUUGUGUGAACUUUUCCUCUGUUGUACCUACAUUGAUAAACUGUAUGAAGUUCUUAUAAUGUUCUAAAACCGAAUGGAAAUGUGGUCAUUGAAAUGUUCUGAUGACACGUAGAGUUAAGGGUAUAAUUACCCUACAAUGAAAUCAAUCUCCUUUCCCAGAGAGUUCUACAUCAGGAACUACAAAGAAUAUCUUUUAUGACUAGCAUAAAUUGAUUGAUGAAACAUUUGUAACAUACGCAAGGAUAUAUUUGCUAAACUUCUGUAAAUAGGAAAUAGCAAGCGUACCUAUUGUUUCGAAGCUUUAUAACAUUCAUAAGAAUUUCCAUGUACAAGUUUUCUAUUUGCAUGACAUUAUAUACAGUUGACUUUGUACAUAUUCUGGAUUAUACAGGUUCCUGUUUAGAUAUAUUGUGUACAAAUAUUGGUGAUCAUUAGGGAUGGAGUCGGACACUCUGAUUUGCCUGUUGAAUGAAGUCACACCUACAUCCAAACAUUGAACAAAGCCAUAGUAUCAAUUCUACUGAGACCAAAGAUAACCAUUUAUUUUCCAUUUUUCAAACAAUACAUAUCAGUUCAUUGUUUUAGUUAUACUUUGUUUAUAAUACAGUAGAACCUGGUUAACUUGGGUAAUCCUAGUUAACUUAAUUAACUAGAUUAAUCUAAUACACUUCACUUAACCUGGUUAACAAGAUAAGUCUUGUAAUACACUUCACUUAACCUGGUUAACAAGAUUAGUCUAAUACACUUCACUUAACCUGGUUAACAAGAUUGGUCUUAUAAUACACUUCAUUUAACCUGGUUAACAAGAUUAAUCUAUUAAUGCAUGUUACUUGCACUAGUUAGCUUAGAUUUGUCUAAUACACCUUAAUUAACCUGGUUAACAAGAUUAGUCGAAUACACUUCACUUAGCCUGGUUAACAAGAUUGGUCUUAUAAUACACUUCAUUUAACCUGGUUAACAAGAUUAAUCUAUUAAUACAUUUUACUUGCACUAGUUAGGUUAGAUUAGUCUAAUACACCUUAAUUAACCUGGUUAACAAGAUUAAUCUAAUACACUUCACUUAACCUGGUUAACAAGAUUAAUCUAUUAAUGCAUUUUACUUGCACUAGUUAGCUUAGAUUAGUCUAAUACACCUUAAUUAACCUGGUUAACAAGAUUAGUCUAAUACACUUCACUUACCCUGGAUAACAAGAUAAUUCUAUUUUCCACUUUAACUGGUUAAGUUUGAUAAGUCUUGUACACUUCUCUUAAUCUAGUUAACUUUGAUAAGUUCAAUACCCUUUUAACUUAAUCUAUUCAACCCGGAUACACCUAGCUGAAAAAGUUUAAUUUAAUUACAAUAGUACAACUUCUUUCUUAACCUCAACCACAUCAUCAGAGCUUAAGCUUCACACUCACAAUUUGUUUGCUUUCUUGAAAAGUGAGAACAGGGUACAAGUGUAUUACUUUUCUCUGGACUUCAAGAGUUUUUUGGAGUUAAGCAAGUUUUACUGUAUAAAUAUGAAUUUAAUUUUUAUUUUUGUUUCUGUUAUGUAAAUCUUGUUGAUUACAAUGUGGAGGGAGAAUAAACUGAACAGAGAGAUAUACCA